AUCGUCAGUCUCAUUUAAUUAUCUACAGGUGUUUUAGUGCGUACAUUCGCGCACUUUUAUAGCACGUGAUCCGUCAAAUCAUAAACGCAUGGUAACAAUUAGUGAAGGCCAGUGUGUCCAUUGUCUCGGGUAAGGCCGUGAAAUACAAUAGUAAAUGUCGACCACUUCUCAGAAGCACAGGGACUUCGUUGCAGAACCCAUGGGCGAUAAACCGGUGACUGCACUUUCGGGAAUUGGCGAGGUCUUGGGAAAAAAACUGGAGGAGCAAGGUUUUGACAGAGCCUUUGUGGUUCUGGGUCAGUACCUGCUGCUGCGGAAGGAUGGGGAGCUGUUCACUGAGUGGCUGAAAGACACCAGCGGAGCCAACACCAGGAAUGCUACAUCCUGCUCCCAGUGCCUGAGAGAGUGGUGUGAUGCAUUCCUAUGAGUCCCUAAUGUAACAUUUUAAAGAUUAGAACAUUCAUCUGUUUAUAGUGAAAAUGUCAGUGGCUUGGUUUGUCUGAGCAAAAUAAUUUAAUAAAGAUGUGGAAUAUAAAUGUUAUUUUAUUCUAAAUACUUAUGCCUUCAUUAACCCAGUUGAUUCUGAAUUGUACACAGAAAAUGACAUUUUAGCACAAUGUUAUAUUCAAAUACCAAAUAUGUAACUGGUCGUGCUCUUUUAAACUACAGCAGUAGCAUGUGCUUUAUUACACAACCAACAUUCAUUAAGUAUAAACAAACCACGCCUGCAAAAAUAAAGUCAAACAUCCAAAGGCAACUGGUUAAAUAAACAAAUUCGGGAAACGU